UGGUGAAAUCCUCCACCCCGUUUCCAGACCAAACCACUCCCUCCCUCCGCCUAUUUCAAAUGUGACACACGGCGAGUAUCAGCGAGUUCAGUUCACACUUAACAGAAAAUACCGCACUGGUCCACCGGGGAACGAACGCUCGAUCUGCAUUUACGAAGUCGUCGACAUGCCGAACUGGGGCGGCGGGAACACGUGCGAGGCAUGCCAGGGAAAGGUGUACCACGCCGAGGAGGUGCAGUGCGAUGGGAAGAGCUUUCACAAGUCCUGCUUUCUCUGCAUGGUGUGCCGGAAGGGGCUGGACAGCCACACGCUGGCCAUCCACGACCGGGAGAUCUACUGCAAGUCCUGCUACGGGAAGAAGUACGGGCCCAAGGGGUACGGGUACGGCCAGGGCGCCGGGACCCUGAACAUGGACCGGGGGGAGAGGCUGGGGAUCAAACCGGAGGAGACACACAGCCACCGGCCCACGACCAACCCCAACCCGUCCAAGUUCGCCCAGAAGUUCGGCGGCUCGGAGAAGUGCGCCCGGUGCGGGGAGUCCGUGUACGCCGCCGAGAAGAUCGUGGGAGCGGGCAAGCCCUGGCACAAGAGCUGCUUCCGCUGUGCCAAGUGUGGGAAGGGCCUGGAGUCCACAACUCAGACAGAGAAGGACGGAGAGAUCUACUGUAAAGCUUGUUACGCCAAGAACUUCGGACCCAAAGGAUUUGGCUAUGGUCAGGGGGCUGGGGCCCUGGUCCACGCCCAAUAGCAGAGUGCGCCAAAGUACCGCUACGGAGAGCCCCGCUCGGAAAAACGUGCCUAUGUAAAUUUCUCCAUUUACUGUGAAACCCGUUUGCUUUUGGGAGUGUGUGUGUGUGGGGGGAGGGGGAGGGGGGGGGUGGGAGCUGGGAUUUCUGUACAAAAAGAAAAUUUCAGUUUUUCCACAUUGAAAUUAAUAAACCCAUUCCAAAGUACAGGAUUGGAUCCGUUUGUCAUGAAGUUGCUUGGAUUCCCAACACUUCAUAUGUAAAACUCAAACAUGUCAAAGCUUGGAGCAUGCCAUCCAUGGUCUCAUCAGAUCCAACAUUUUUAUGAGUCUCAAAAAUUAGCAUAUAUAUGAUACUCUAGUUCAGUGGAUCUCAUAUCUUCCCCAUGGUACAGUUCCCAGCAGCUCUUGCAUUCUCUGGGGAGGUCAGCCAUGGAACACAUCCAAACAUCAGUCUAACACUUGCAUGGUAAGGUCGUAUUUAUUUUAGCAACCUGUUAAAUCAAACCAGUCAGUUAUAACAUUUUGCCCCAACAUGUUGGUGCACAAUGUGUUAAGGGGGAAAAAUACUAGAUCUAAAGCAAUUUUACACAUUAAGAGGUGGGGUGGGAACCAAGAUCGUAAGGUACUGAAGGGGACAGGAGCUAACUUUUCUUCAAAUGGGAAGAGCAGAAGAACUGGAGAGUACACUUCAUAUCAAGAGCCUUGAAAAGAACAUGGGGUCUUUUGCUGCUCAGAUAUGUUUGGUCUAGAUGCUGUUUUGAUGCCGACCUUGAGCAUAACAUUCACGUUAUAAAAUAUUUGUGCAGAUGCACAAAGGACAUCAAUGAAAGCUUACUGGUCUUGGUCUUACUUGUCCAGGUUUUAAAGUUCAAAGUUCUGUUCAGUACAAGGGGAUCAACUUGUGAGUUCUUUUUCAGAUGCAACCAAUUCCAAUACUGCUGUUGUUGAAUCACCAUGCUUAAAAAUAAAACAAGGGGAAUUGUGUGGAUUUUUUUCACAUUUAAACGUUUUUAUUAUGAAACCCAAUAAAAUUCUACUAUGCCCAGUACGUGUCUGAAGAGAACAUGUGGCUAAUGAACCUGUAUAAAGGCAUAUGCAGGCAGCAUUGGGAGGUGGAUCAUCUUUCAGUUUAAUGUGCUUCUGCCAUUUCGGGUGGAGAGAGGGAUUUUACUAGGGAAUAUCUAUCUGCAUUGCGCCUGAUGGUCAUUUAGCUGUCAACUCAGAGGUCCUCCCACCCAGGCCUGAGGAGCCACGGGAUAGGUUGAUUUGCUUGUCUCUCAGCACGUAACUGACCAAUAAAAGCAGCCGAUGAACCGUUAGCUCACCUCAGCUGGGUUUCCAGGUCUGAGGUGGUUGACUUUGCCAUUUUGAGGCUCUCGAGGACCGGGGUGGAGGACUGAGCGCAUCCCAUAAACCCUACAAGAGACAGGGCUACAAAAUGGAGAACUGCAUACAUUACAGACUGCACAGUUGACUUUAAAAAGGCUCCAGUGGCCUGUAAGAACGUUGGAACAAGUGCAGGAGGGCGGGAUUUGGAGGACGGAAUCAAAUGCACAGAUCCAAAAAAAUCUUGC